ACCCUUUUCCGAUUUUCAUUUUUUAUUUCGAAACUAACAAAAAAUUUUCUUGUUAAUUAUAUGGCUUAAUAGCGGCAUAAUAUACAUAUUUUUUAUAUUAUAAUAAGAAGAAAGUACAUGUGAUUAAGUUUAAGAUGUAAUUUCAUGAUCCUCUACUUGGAAGUAAAUAAGUAAGAUCUAUAUAUUAAUUAGCACUGUACUUGAGGUUUUCUAAAUUAUGUGGAGAGGGAGAGUUUAAAGGAACUUUUUGACAAAUUCAAGAUAAUCCAAACACAGUGCUGUAUAUUUAUAUAUGGUCUGUUAUGUUUCUUCUUUAUUUUCUUUUUAUAUGUACAGUUAGCCUUGACUAUAGGGUUUUUGGCUGAAAUUCGAGAUGAAAUUCAAGGAAGACUGCUUUGCAGGCCAUAAAAGUAAAAGUUGGUUGAAAAGGAGAUAGCAGUUGGGUGUUUUCUAUAAUUCAGUUUCCAUAAGACAACAUGUGUUUUUACUUAUUAGCCUAUUUCAAUAGUCCAAGAUACCGCAAGACUUUCUGAAUAAAAAGAGAGUUAAAAUCAUGGCUUCUUCCAGUCAUUCCAAUCCUCCAUGUGCUGGCUGCAAGUUCUUAAGGAGAAAAUGCCUGCCCAACUGCAUUUUUGCACCAUAUUUUCCCCCCGAAGAGCCCCAGAAAUUCGCCAAUGUCCACAAGAUUUUCGGGGCAAGCAACGUCAGCAAACUGUUAAACGAGGUGAUGCCUCAUCAGAGGGAGGAUGCAGUGAACUCUCUUGCAUACGAAGCUGAGGCGCGCAUGAAAGAUCCAGUCUAUGGCUGUGUUGGAGCUAUCUCCGUCCUCCAACGACAAGUCGUUCGACUCCAAAGAGAAUUAGAUGCAACAAAUGCUGAUUUGAUCCGCUUUGCCUGCAAUGAAAUGCCGCCUGCAACUACAUCUGAUCAGUUUGGGUCAACAAGGAGUUCGGGCCAUGGACAAGGAGCUGUUGACCAAAAUUCUGGCUUCUACUUUCCCUACAAUAACGAUCAUUUUGGAGAUGGGCAUGAGGGAGGUGAAGGUAGCAUGUAAUUAUCCAUAAAUAAUCAACAAUCUAUCACUGUAUUUGCAGAGUUAUGAGUUUCUAGCUGGAGGAAUUAAUACCCUUUUAGGGUUUCGUACUAUAUGCAUAUAAGGCACUGUCAUUUAUUAUUAUGUGGAGAUACUAUUUUGUUUGACUUCUCCUUUCAUCAUAUAAAUUUUAGUAUAUGUACAUGUUAUUAUGAUA